AUGAGCACAAUGUUGGAAAGUCCCCCUGUUUCUACAAGCAAACGCCGCGCGUCUUCGCCAGCUGGCUACAACUCUCUGCCGCAACAUUCACACUCCCACUUGGCAAAGCGGGUUCGUUCCCAGGUGGCGAAACCGAGCCAAUUCCAAAAGCUUCCUGUUACGGUUUUGUCCGGAUUCUUGGGCGCCGGCAAAACGACCCUCCUCAACCAUGUGCUCAACAACCGCGAGGGCCUGAAGGUGGCUGUGAUUGUGAACGACAUGUCCGAGGUCAACAUUGACAUUCAGCUCGUCCAACGCGGCGAGGCGUCACUCAGCAAAGUGGACGAACAGCUGGUCGAGAUGACGAAUGGCUGCAUUUGCUGCACCUUGCGCGAGGACUUGCUUGUGGAGAUUUCAAAGCUGGCCAAGGCCGGCAAGUUUGAUUACUUGCUGAUUGAGUCGUCCGGCAUCUCGGAGCCACUGCCGGUCGCAGAGACCUUCACCUUCAAGGACAAGCGUGGCAAGUCCCUGGGCGACGUGGCAUACCUGGACACGAUGGUCACGGUGGUGGACAGCCACAACUUUCUGAAGGACUUCCACUCGGUCGACACGCUCAAAAAGCGCGAAAUGCAGGCGUCGGACAAGGACGCUCGCACAAUCGUCGACCUGCUCACGGACCAGAUCGAGUUUGCCAACGUCAUCGUUCUGAACAAGACUUCGAUGCUGACUCCCAGCGAGCAGGUCAAGCUGGCGGGCAUUGUUCACCACCUGAAUCCGGACGCGAAAAUCAUCCCGACAGACAACAGCGUGGUGGCCAGCAAUGCCAUUCUCAACACGGGUCUGUUCUCGAUGGAGAAGGCCGAAGAGGCACCCGGCUGGUUGAAGGAGAUUCGAGGCCAGCAUGUGCCGGAAACUGUCGAGUACGGCAUUUCUAGCUUUGUCCUGCGCUCGCGCAAGCCGUUCCACCCUCAACGACUCCAUGACCUGCUGCGAGACGAAUCUGCAAUGCAGUCCGUCAUCCGCUCCAAAGGGUUUUUCUGGCUGGCCAACGACAUGAAGUUCAACUACAUCUGGAACCAGGCCGGGCGCCUGGGUUCGUUCAUCCGCGGAGCUCACUGGUUUGCCGUCCAGGACAAGAAGAACUGGCCCAAGGGCACCAAGGAGAAGCAGGCCAUCUUGAAGUCAUGGCACCCCAAGUUUGGCGAUCGUCGCCAAGAGAUGGUGUUUAUUGGCCAGAUGGACAAGGAGACGGUUCUUGCUGCGUUGGAGGCGUGUUUGUUGACCAACGAGGAGCUGGCUCAAGGCCCUGAAGUCUGGCGCACCUACGAAAAUCCGAUGAUGUCGCUGCUGACGCGCGAAGAAGACGAGAGUGAUUGGAGCGAUGAGGACGUGCUCGAAGAGGAGAUUGGCGUCACCCGCGAGCAGGAUCAUCCCGAGACCGCGGAUGACGACGACAAGUGCGAUCGUAUGGAUGUGGACGACGCAUAAUCUGUAUGUGUGCAUGUGGUGUGCUAUUGUGGUGGUCGUUUCGCUUCAAGCAAGCAAGGCG